CAAUGGCAUUUUGGCAUCAACAUCAGCUGCCACCUCCACUGCCUCAGAGCAAUCAGGGUUUUGGAGGUAAUGAACAGCCAACUCUGCCUAACCAGAGGUUCCAAACAUGGCCCACUGCACCUCGGGGCCAAUCACUGCAGUCUCCCUACAGUGUGCCUCCACCGAGUGUGCCACCACCUGCACCGCAGCAGUUUUACCCACCACCCAGUGUACCUCAGCCACAACCCCCAUUGCAGCAACACCCGUUGCAGCCACCUCCAAUGAGGCUACCCCCGUUGCAGCCACCGCCGCUGCAGCCACCACCGUUACAGCCACCACCGUUACAGCCACCACCGCUACAGCCACCACCGCUACAGCCACCACCGCUACAGCCUCCUCCUCAGUUUCCUGAAAACAGUGCCCUUAGACCACCACCAUGGAUGAAUAGUGUACCACCUACGCAGCAUGUUAAUGUGCUCACAAGCGAGAUACCACCAGAGGAAGCGUCGACGGAUGACACGCAGGCUAAGAGGCUACCACAGUGGCUGCAGAAGAAAGUCAAGCAGUAUGAAUUGAGCCAACAGAGUUCCAUCAAGAAGGAGAAGGUGUCAACUGCUAAAGAGGAAACAUCCCCCCUGAUUGUGCUUAGAGAAGCACUAGAAGCCCUGGAAACUCUGAAGAGUCUGGAAAAAUUGGCUGAAAGCCUUGUUCGGCGGGGAAACGAUGAACAGUGGUCGGCACUCAUGCAGCAUGUUGAGCUGCACCAGGCAAAGCUCCAGUCACGAUGUCAACAGCUCUCCAAGGAGGAUGUUCUGUCUCGACUACUUACUUCAGUUGAGCGAAGACGAAAGAAAAGGGAGAGGUUGAAGCGACAGCGUGUACGACGAGAACAAGAAGCUGAAGAGCAUGCCAAGCAGGUUGCCAUGGUCGAAGCCAAAAUUAAUGCACGCCGUCAACGGAUAUUGGAGCGAGCAAAUCAAGAAAGACAGGAAGAAGAAAUGAAAGAGGAAGUGGACUCUAUCCUGGGAGAAAUACGGUUCAAAAUUAGCCAGACAAGAGAAUAUCUUGAUAAGCUGGAAGCCAUAAAACAGCUUCGGGCCGCUCGCAAAGAAUCUUAUCAGCAAAAAGGUCUCUACGUCGCUCCAGAAGCAGAUAGUAACUUUGAAGAAGGGUUCUCAUCUGUGCACCGCCUUCUUGAAAAUCAGCUUUCAGAUUAUUUGAAGGAGGAGACUGCUCUCAAAGUCAUGCUCGAAACUGAACAGAAGGAACAGUUCGAGAGCAAAAAGCUUGCAAACAAACAGGCGGCUGUCCUCAAAAGCUUGUUCGGAAGCACAGAAGUCAACUCCGAAGUGCUUCCAUUCAAUAAACUUUAUACAUCUUCAAACGAAAGCAUUGAUUCCUUAGCAUGGGUUAGAAACGCUUGGGACUUCCUCGUGCCUCCAGAUCAUCCAGCGGGUUCUUCUGUGCCUGUGCAAUGGGUUGUACCUCAGAAGCCCUCAUCCCACUCGUGGGCUAUGUACUGCACAUCCUAGACAUGCCAGUCAACGUGAAGUUUGUAAAUAAAUGAAAUUCCAAUGGUA